CAAAGUGACUUCUGAUGUUCGCUACACAUAAGCACGGCUGUCAUUGGCUCCGGGGCAGUAAUAAUAAUCUAUGUUUAGACCUUGAUCACAUCGCGGCCAGCAAGUGCGACCUGUCAGCAUUCCGCAGAUACUGAGAGUCGCUCGGGUCUGACGGUAAGAGAGAUCAGGGAGAUAAGAGGAGGAAUUCCUGCUGUUCCAGCCUCCCUCCAGCGGGGGCUUGUGGGUAGAGGAGGCUUGUUGUGUGGGGUAGUAUCGGGGGACAAGGUGGUUACCAGACCCAGCGCGAUAAUAGCGAAUUAUAUGGCGAGAAUAAUAGAUAAUUGUUUCGAAAGACUCAUCGAAAUCAAACCAUUCCCUCUGGAGUUUGACUUAGUUUAGGUUGAGUUUACAACACGGUGUUUUACCGUCGCUAUUACAGGUUUAAAACCUUACCGCCGGAAGAGCCGCGCUGUGGCGCACCUGAACGAGCUGUGGUACUCGCGCGCUGGUCCGCGUGCUCGACCCGCUCCCUUUAACUCUCGUACAACUUCUGUUAGCGCAGCAAAGAAAAGCAGACCUCAGGAAAUCCUCGUUUCAAUCAUUAACCAGAUAGUCCAGACACAACGCUCUCUACGCAGCUGUCUACAGAGGGACAUGUUCUCUCUGAGACCGCUAGACUGGUAGGAGCUCUCGUCACCACUACAGGUGCCUUCCUUCUCCCCCGAGUCGAAGGAGACACUGCCCUGCAUGAUGUUUGGAGCAGAGAGGAGGCUGGAGAACCGGCUGAAGAAGCUGGAGGCCAUGAUGAGGGACCCCAAGUCGGUACUCAAUCUGGAGACCAUGUUGGAUUCCAUGAAUGCAUUGGCCCGUGAUUUGGACUACCCUGCCCUCAGGAAAAACAAAAACAUAGAUGCAUUCCUGAACAGAUACGAGAAGGCGGUGGGCCAGCUGCGGGAGCUCCAGGUGAAGCUGGAGGACUUCGACCGGGUCAAGCUGAUCGGCCGAGGAGCCUACGGUGAAGUGCAACUGGUCCGCCACAAGGCCUCUCAGAAGGUGUACGCCAUGAAGCAGCUCAGCAAGUUCGAGAUGAUCAAACGCUCCGACUCCGCCUUCUUCUGGGAGGAGCGGGACAUCAUGGCCUUCUCAGACAGCCCCUGGGUCGUUCAGCUGUGCUGCGCAUUCCAGGACGACCAGCACCUCUACAUGGUGAUGGAGUUCAUGCCGGGCGGCGACCUGGUCACGCUCACCCUGAACUACGACCUCCCCGAGAAGUGGGUGCGCUUCUACACGGCGGAGGUGGUGCUGGCCCUGGACGCUAUCCACACCAUGGGGUUUAUCCACCGCGACGUCAAGCCCGACAACAUGCUCCUGGACCAGCACGGCCACCUCAAGCUGGCCGACUUCGGUACCUGCAUGCGGAUGGACUCGACGGGCAUGGUGCGCUGUGACACGGCCGUGGGCACGCCAGACUACAUCUCCCCCGAGGUGCUGCAGUCGGAGGGGGGGCAGGGCUACUACGGCCGCGAGUGCGACUGGUGGUCCGUGGGCGUCGUCAUCUAUGAGAUGCUGGUUGGUGAGACCCCGUUUUAUGCGGAGUCCCUGGUGGGGACCUAUGGGAAGAUCAUGGACCACAAGAACAGCCUUCGCUUCCCCGAGGACGUGGAGAUGUCCCGGGAUGUCAGGGACCUCAUCAACCUCUUCCUCACAGAGAGGGAGGUGAGGCUGGGACGCAGCACCGUGGAUGAGAUCCAACGGCACCCCUUCUUCAAGAACGACCAGUGGACCUUUGACACCAUCCGACAGACUGUGGCCCCGGUGGUCCCAGAGCUGAGCAGUGACAUCGACACCAGCAACUUUGACGACAUUGAGAAGGUCAAAGGGGGCGACACCUUCCCCCAGCCCAGAGCCUUCGUGGGCAACCAGCUUCCCUUCGUGGGGUUCACCUACUUCAAAGAGGACCAGCUACUUGGUGGCAAUCUAUGCAGCUCAUUGAAGGAGGACUGCUCUGAUGAAAAGGACGACUCUCGUGGCGAGCUGAAGGAGAAGAUCCACCAGCUUGAGGAGCAGCUGGACCAUGAGAUGCAGGCCAAGGAUGAGCUGGACCACAAGUGCAGGCAUGCCACCAGCCGCCUGGAGAAGUUGGUGAAGGAGCUGGACGAGGAGAUGAGCAGCCGUCAGGGUGUGGAGUCGUCCCUCCGUCAGCUGGAGAUGGAGCGGGCCCUGCUGCAGCACCAGAACACUGAGAGUCUGCGCAAGGCCGACACCGAGAUGGAGCGCAAGCGCAGCCUGGAGAACGAACUGAACAGCAUGCGAGACCAGCUGGAGGAGCUGAAGAGGAGGAACCAGAGCUCCCAGGUCUCCACCGAAAAGAACAUUCAGCUGCAGAGACAACUGGACGAGGCCAGCGCCGCGCUGCGGGCGGAGCUGGAGGUGGCGGACCGCAGCCGGCGGAGCCAGGCGGAGGCCCAGAAGCAGGCCCUGGCUCUGGAGGCCAGCCUGCGGGAGGCUCAGGGGAAGUGCGCCCGGCUGGAGCAGGGCGAGGUGGAGCUGGAGAAGAGGCUGAGGGGCCUGCAGGCGGAGCUGGAGGCCGAGCGGAGGGAGCGCAGCCUGGGGGCCCAGAGCGCCACCGAGCUCCAGGGACGCAUCUCUAGCCUGGAAGUGGAGGCCAAGGAAGUACGCUCAUCUCUCUCUGAGGCUGAGAGCACCAAGAGGGAGCUGCAGCAAACCAUCACAGAUCUGGAGAAGGCGAAGAGCACCCAGGAGAUCGACCUGACCUUCAGCCUCAAGUCCCUGCAGCAGAGCCUGGAGCAGGAGGAGGCCGAACACAAGGCCACCAAGGCCGGCCUCGCCGACAAGAACCAGAUCUACCUGUCCAUCGAGGAGGCCAAGUCGGGGGCUCUGAAAGAGCUGGAGUGCACCCUGCAGGAGGAGCGCAGCCAGAGGCAACAGGUGGAGGGCCGGCUGCUCCAGCUGGAGAAGGAACACUCUAUGCUGGACCACGACUACAAGCAGAGCCAGCACACGCUGGAUGAGCUGCGCACGGACAAGAACAAGCUCACUGAGGAGGUGAUGACGGUGACCGUGCGUCUGGAGCAGGAGAUGCAGAGGCGUGGCCUGUCCCAGAAGGAGCUGGCGGUGCAGGCCCAGCAGGUGUCUGGGCUGCGGGGCUCUGAGAAGCAGCUGAAGCAGGAGCUCAACCACCUGCUGGGCCUGCAGCAGAGCCUGGACACCCACAACCAGGAGCUACGCAGGGAGAAGCAGGAGGCUGACAGCCAGCUGAAGGAUCUGAAAGACCAGCUUGAGACGCAGCAAUACUUCACGACUCUAUACAAGACCCAGAUCCGGGAGAUGAAGGAGGAGUGGGACGAGAGGAACAAGCUGUACCAAGACGCCCAACAGAGACUAGAGCAGUAUCAGGAGGAGAGGGAGUCCCUGGCCUCCAAGCUGGAGGCGAGCCUGACGAAGGCGGACUCUGAGCAGCUGGCGCGCUCCAUCGCUGAGGAGCAGUACUCGGACCUGGAGAAGGAGAAGAUCAUGAAGGAGCUGGAGAUCAAGGACAUGAUGGCCCGACAUCGGCAGGAGCUGAGCGACAAGGAGGCCACCAUCAGCUCGCUGGAAGAGUCCAACCGCACAAUGACGGUGGAUGUGGCCAACCUGGCCAACGAGAAGGAGGAACUCAACAACCAGCUGAAGGAGAAUCAACAACAACUUACUAAAGCUAAGGACUUGGAGCAGAACAUGAGCGCUGUCAAACUGUCCUUCGAGAAGCAGCUGCAGAACGAGAGAACCCUCAAGACCCAGGCCAUCAACAAGCUGACGGAGGUGAUGAACCGGAGGCAGACAGUGCAAGGCGUCCAGGUGGUCAAUGACACAGAGGUGCGGCGCCGCAAGAAGGAGAACCAGAAGCUGCAGCAGGAGCUGCGCUCGGAGAAGGAGAAGCUCAACAGCAUCAUCAUCAAGUACCAGCGGGAUCUCAACGACAUGCAGGCGGUGAUCACGGAUGAGGGCCAGUCGCGCCUGGAGCUCCAGAUGGCGCUGGACAGCAAGGACAGCGACAUCGAGCAGCUGCGCUGCCAGAUCACCUCCCUCAGCAUCCACUCGCUGGACUCCACCAGCAUCAGCAGUGGCAACGACCUGGACGCCGACGAGGCCUACCCAGUGCGCGUCACUCACUCACACACCUCCGAGUCCAUGUCGUUCACGUACCAGCGCACGCAGAAGUCGGUCAGUAUCGGCACGCGGCCUGACCUGCGCUCAGCCCGCUUCCACUCCUCCGGCUCUGAGGAGGAAGAGGAGGAGGAGGGACCUGCCAGGGGGGGCCCACCCUUGGCCCUCACCUGUGGGCGCCCCGCGGAGCCCGAGCGGGCAGCUGACUCUCGCCUGGAGGGCUGGCUGGCCCUUCCUACCAAGAGCUCCAAACGCUUUGGCUGGGACCAAAAGUACGUGGUGGUGAGCAGCAGGAAGAUCCUGUUCUACAACAGCGAGCUGGAUCGAGAACAAGCCAUCCCCUUCAUGACGCUGGACCUCGAUAAACUGUUCCAUGUGCGACCUGUCACUCAAACGGAUGUGUACCGCGCCGAUGCCAAAGAGAUUCCAAAGAUAUUCCAGAUCCUGUACGCCAACGAAGGCGAGAAUAAGCGCGAGCAGGUGUUUGCGGCGGAGCCGGUGGCGUUUGGCGAGCGGCCCUCCUUCAUCCCCCACAAGGGCCACGAGUUCAUCCCCACGCUCUACCACUUCCCGUCCAGCUGCGAGGCGUGCACGCGGCCCCUGUGGAACGUCUUCAAGCCCCCCCCGGCCCUCGAGUGCCGGCGCUGCCACACCAAGUGUCACAAGGACCACCUGGACCGCAAGGAGGAGGUCAUCGCGCCCUGCAAAGUGAACUACGACAUGUCGAGCGCCAAGGAGCUGAUCCUGCUGGCCUGCUCCCAGGAGGACCAGCAGCGCUGGGUGGGCCGCCUCCUCAAGCGCGUCCCCCGCCGGCACCCCUCCAGCGCCCCGCCCAGCCACCCGGCCGCCGCCGAGCCCUCCGCACGCUCCUCCCCCAUGCUGUCCCCCCGGGGCUCCCCCCGGGGCUCCCCCCGCCUCUCGCCCCACCGCAGCGCCAUCCGGCUGCAGAGCAGGACGCAGCCGGCGGCGCCGGCAGCGCCGGCGGCCAGGAAGCCCAGCUCUGGGCCCACCAUGCUCCGCAUUAUUUUCCACUGACCACCACCAUCCACCCAAACCCCCUACCCCCCUGGCCCUCACCAUCCCUGUGCCCCUCUUGCUAGGAUGCUGCGUAAGUAGUAGUGAAGCCUGACCCUCUGCUUGCUUGAUUGUGGCCCUCGAUGCCCCAGACCUCCUCCUACGUGGGCUGUUUUUUGAACUCAUUAUUUUUGUUUAUACAAACUCACCUCGAGGUGGGGGGGCAACAAGAUUAAAUCGCACGGCUUCUUCACAACGGGCUUGGCCUGAAAGCAACUCUCUACCGCCACCUGGCGACAGGGGCAUGUAUUGAGCCGGCUCCACCUGGGACGUGGGCAUGUGGUGAACCUGUCUCCAGCUGGGAUGGGGGCAUGUACUGAGCCUGUCUCCACCUGGGACGGGGGCAUGUACUGAGCCUGUCUCCACCUGGGACGGGGGCAUGUACUGAGCCUGUCUCCACCUGGGACGGGGGCAUGUACUGAGCCUGUCUCCACCUGGGACGGGGGCAUGUACUGAGCCUGUCUCCACCUGGGACGGGGGCAUGUACUGAGCCUGUCUCCACCUGGGACGGGGGCAUGUAUUUAACGGGGGCUGAGGCCGUGCUGGAGGUCCUGAAGGCUGUCCUCCGCUGUUCCAGGUUGCUAGAGUUCGGCCUGGGGGACUGGAGCUGGUCGCUGGAUGAGGUGGAUAGUGAUGAGGAUGAUAGGUUCUUCUGAGGAAGGGCCGGAUAAACAGAGGAAAGAGGGGGUAAAUGAUGACGCAUGGGUUUGAGGUGUCGUCCACGUAGCUAGCUGCAUGACCUGUGUGCGUUCAGUGUGCAUUUGGAGUUUGCAUUUUGUCCUAUGUUUGUUGUGGUAUGUAGAUGUAUUUUAGUUGCUGAAAUACAAUUUUCUGUAGACUUAAGAUGUCUGAAAGACCUCGAACCACAUGGUUAACCACAGAACAGAAGAACAUAAGAGCUGGAAACUCCUCAACCUUUCCCUCCAGUUCCUUAGCUCCCUGGUGGACGCGUGGCCGUGCGAAGCCCCUGGCCUCUCUCUUGCCUAGCAAACAGGUUGCUGAUGAGAUGCAUGAUGGCACUAGAUGGAUUCUGAUGACUCAUGCUCUGUAAUUGGCUUUUUUUUAUGUGGUUAUUUUGGACAUCAGUGCAUUGCACACAAUUCAAGUAAUAACUCUUCUGCGGUUCACUAAACGGGUAAUGUUCCAGUGAGCUCUAGAAAAGACUUUGUUUCCUUUGUUGGUUUACUUUGAGCUCCGUCUGCAAUAGAAUAAAGCUGUCCUUUUUAACCUGUCUUCCUCCUGAUGUGGGUGUGCAUCUUGUGCCUACUGAUUUUCGCCUGUCUGUGCGUGUGUGUGUGUGUGUUUUGGUUUCUCACUUUCUGUUUUUCUUUCCUUUCUCCACAGUUAACCCUGGGCAGAACGAGGAUGUUUGGAUGAUUUUAAUUUUAUUGUACUUUGAUUCUACAUUUGAGCAUAUUCUGUGAGGUCCAGUGUAUAUAGACUGCAAACUGCAACCGACUUAUCUACCAUCAGAUACUGGAUCGUCCUGGAAUCUUUUUGUGAAAAAGAAUAAAGAACAUUGGCCGUCUGUUGUGUAAUACAGAUGGAGGGAAGCCAGGAAGAAACCAUAUAGACAAUGAGCACCAAAGAACAAAUACAUAGAGGCCUUGUGUGUGUGUGUGUGUGUGUGUGUGUGUGUGUGUGUGUGUGUGUGUGUGUGUGUGUGUGUGUGUGUGUGUGUGUGUGUGUGUGUGUGUGUGUGUGUGUGUGUGUGUGUCAAACAGUGUCUGUUUAUUAAUAAUAACCCAGAGAAUUGUAAUUAAUUUUCUCUUUAUGACAUGGCUACCAAAUCUAACUGCACAUAUUAUAUAUGUCUCACCUGUAAAUGAUUGAUAUUCUUAAGAAAGGGGAUAGCAUUGCAUUAUAAUCAGUCUUGACAUAUGGAUGUAUUCUAAAAAGGACUAAUGUUUAUUAUAAUAUAGCACACAUUAUAAAACAAUGUGAAGAAACAACAAAAACAUUGUAGGAAUUCAGAUAUCUAUUUCUCCAUCUUCAAAAAUAAAUGGUUAUACAAAUAGUUAAUAUCUGGAAAUAAGUCGUUUGGUUGUUCAUUAUUUCCAUCAGUUAAUUUCAAUGUCGGGAAUGUCAAAAUGCAUAAAAUAAUAUAUAAAAACACCACUGCAUUCUAGACACUAAAGAUGUGUUUUGCAAAUCCUAAUGGUACCUGAAGCUAGGUCAAACGUGGAGCGUGUUUCGGGGCCAUGUCGCUGGAUUGUUGGGGGAUGCUUGAGGUCUCUGUCUCAAUUGGUCCAUAAGGUGGAUUCCAUAGCGUCUCCCUCUCCGUUUGGGCCCAUUCUGUCUGACCCACCGUAAUGCCUUCACAACAGAGGUGCCUUAAUAUAUUGUUCAACAAAUGUUUAUUGUGUGGGCUAACUGCUUGUAUUUUUGUUUUGUUCAAUGUUGCUUUUGAAACUCCUCUCCCCUAGCCCUGUUAGCUUGUUAUUAAACCCUUAUUAUGCACUAAUGGUGUAAUUUAAAACCAAGUCUUCAGUCAUUAAGUCAGAGGCGGUGGCACGGGCGGGCCUAGGCCCGCCUACUUGUCAGUCUUGCCCGUCCAGCUCAAGAAUCUGUCAAAUCGUGAAAUCCUCCAUCCCAUGUCUUGAGACCGCCGUGUCCCUCCCCACUGAAUUCACGUCCCCUUGCUGCCUCCACAAGAGCUGUUAAUUAUUUUAUGUCGAGGCCAUCUGCAUUGCAAUUGUGGGCUGAGAAAUAAUUGACCUGUCGAUUAGUCAGAAUUUCUCAGCCCACAAUUGAGAUGCAGAUGGCCUGGGCCCGCCUACUUGUCUGGCUUUGCCCGCCCUUUUUUUUUUUUCUCAGCAAUUUGAACAUUUAUGGUUACGCCACUGCGUUUAGUUGUCGAAACAGCCGCUCAGGACCGACUCCUUUAGCCCCGGACCCCACCAGAGGUCGCUAGACUGCGGCCCUCUGCUGCGGCAGACGGAGCCCGGACACAACGUCCACGACGAUGAGUAACGGAGACCCAGGGGCUGCAUCAUCCCUGCAGUAUAAAUAUCAAUAAAAUGUAUCAAUAUCAGAAAAAAUGGCACCGACAUGUCGAAAAUAAUGUACUUGUACCUGAAGUGUUAAUCUUAACUGCACACAAAAGUGUUUCAAAAUGUAUUUUUCUAUAUAUCGCCUAUGAAAUCGUUUGAUCUUCGUGUAGCAAUUAAUAGUAUAUAGAAGUCUAGUUUAAGUAUUACCAGUACAGCUUUUAAAGGUGGACUAUUACACAUUUGGUAUUGAAUUCUGCUACUGACGCAAGACUUUCCUUUCUCUAUUGCUUCAUUAAACUUAUAUUACAACGAG